AUGUCUUCUUAUCAUCCGGGUCAUGGGAAUAGAGAACGCGGCGGAAGAGCCGGUCAUACAGAUAGAAGGCAAUUCCGGCGGCCAGGUCUUGAAUUAUCUAAAUUUUAUGCUUUUAUUGUGACUUUAUAGAUGAAGCGGCAGACAAGCCGAGGACUGGACCGCUGGUUUUGGAAGAAAGGCAAGCGGAAACUUCAACGGGAACGACUACAGAGUCGCUAGCCGUUUUCAACAAUCCCUACGCUUCUUUGAAUAUUCAACAGCAACGAAUCAGGCUGCCCAUUUUCAAGGUGAAAAUUCGAAUUUCGGCGGAAAAAGUAAGAAUUUUGAAGAGUUUCAGAACAGAAGCCAUAUUCUCUACAUGCUCGAAAGGUACAGGACGGUGAUUAUAGUCGGCGAAACGGGUUGUGGCAAAAGUACUCAGGUUUUUUUAUGCUUAUUUUGCUGUAAAUUUCAUUUGAGAAGUAUUCAGGUGCCUCAGUUCCUUCUAGAAGCCGGUUGGGCCAAAGAUGGAAGGCAAAUCGCUAUCACUCAGCCGAGAAGAGUCGCCGUUGUUACGGUUUCUUUUUUUAUAUAUUCUCGAGUUAAUAUAUUUCAUUCGCUUUUCAGUUAGCCACUCGAGUAGCCGAAGAAAAAGAUUGCCUUUUGGGCCACGAUGUCGGCUAUACAGUCCGGUUUGACGAUGUUUCUGAUACGAGCACUAAAAUAAAGGCAAUUUUUGUUUUGAAUGGAGAAAAUAAAGUUUUGCUUGAAGUUUAUGACGGACGGUAUUUUGUUGCGGGAGCUGCUUGUUGAUCCAUUACUGGCAAAAGUAUAG